AUGAGCGGGGCCGAGGCACUUGCUGGUCUCAUCCUCGCCGGACCACCUCUACUGAUCUCAUGGCUAGAGCACCAACGUGAGUUCCAACGAAUGACGGGAACCUUGAAAGGUUUCCGAGCAGUGUACCGGCGGUACAAGACACAAGCAAGUCUUCUAGAAAUUGCAUUCAGCCAGACAGUCGAAGUGUUGUUCCUGCCAGUGCUGGGAGACCUGGACCAUCUAGAGCGGCUGAAGACACGGCCAGAUGACCCCGAGUGGCGUCAAUUGGAAAUUAAGCUGAAGGCGAGGCUGGAUGAUAGAACUGCUCAAGCCUUCAUAGAAGCGGUCACCGACCUGCGAGAUGACAUGGAGGAGCUGAGACGUAAGCUAGUCUCCACGAGUCCGCAGGAUGUGCAAGAUACCAAGAGCACGUUGUCCCGGCUUCACUCCAGCUUCCAGAAUGAGCGCAAUAGAGUCAAAUUCGCCGCCACAGAGCCGACUCUGGAAGAGGCCUUCGCUGCAGUCCGGCAACAACUCGAGUUCCUGCAAGCACUUCUGACACGUAGCAACGCAAGCGUGCAAGUUCGACAGCAAGUCGCUCGGCGGACUACUUCCAUGAUUAGUAAAACACUGCUGCAGCUUCACAAGCACGCAAAUGCAAUAUACAACAUGCUUUCCGCAGCAUGGGGCUGCAGUUGCAUAGAGCAUCAUCGAGCAGAUCUACUGCUCAGACAUCCAUCGUCUCCGACAGUACGCUUCGACGUCCUGUUGUUGUACCAUAGCAGACAUGAGGGUACACAUAUGCCUGUGCCACCUUGGACAGAACGACAGGCCUGCAUAUGCCACGUGUACGAUUCAAGCGUCGGCCAUUCGAAUGGCAAAGUCAUGUUUGCAGAGGAUACCAAGCCAGGUGCUGAUAUGAUGGCGGGCGAAGUAGAGCAAAGCACGCCGACUGUAGAUCUGUGCGCCAAGCUAGGGGAUGGGCAGCUAGUAACGAAGCACCUCGCUCUGCUCGCCAGUACCGACGACGUCAAUACGUACACUCUGAAUGCGAGUGAUCAAUUUGAUCUCGCUCGCCGAAACCCAAGAGUGUUGACCUUAGGCAGUCUGCUGCGAGCGGACAUUUUAAAAGGAUGGAACAAGAACGACAUUGUUUUCCUCACAAAAGAUGGUGGUGAGAUCCAGUACGACAAUCCGUUGUUGCGGCGUGGUUUCGGAAAAAGUGUUCCAGAUAUUGCAAAGGUGGGCUUCGAUAUCCCUAUGUCUACUCUCGCCAUUCUGUUGCUCGAGCUGUGUUUCGGUAUGCCUCUCGAGGAGAAGCGAGGAAAGAGUGGUCAGGUGGGGAUGCUAGUCGAGGAUGCUGUCCACGAUCGAGCUCUAGCCAUCAGCUGGGCUGAAGAGGUGGCAGGGGAAGCAGGGCCAGAGCACUCGGCUGCUAUCUGGUGGUGCCUGGAGAAGAUGUUCGUACGGCCGAACGACACGGUCUGGCGUCGUGAGUUCACGAACAUGGUCGUGGAGCCGCUACAAACCCAGUACCGAGAGCUGUGCGACCCAGAACUCUAG